UGCGCUGUCUGUGCGCGCUCCGGCUGCGCUGCCGCACCGCGAUCCGGUGGUGAAAUGUAGCCUAACUUACCGCGGCCGGGCUCUGCGUGAGAAUAUGGGUCGACAAUGGGGAGAAGACGGCAAAUGAUAUCGAGGAUCAACCCACCGGAACGGGCUGGACCAGAUCCGCAGCUAUGAGCUCAUCCUUUCCAAAAUCUGAAUCCACGACCUCCUUGCUGAAACCGUCCUCGGCGGCGAGGAGACCGGCACACCUCCGUACAGCAGAAAGCCGGAGAAGUCAGCAUCACCAUCAGCAUCAGCACCAGCAUCACCACCGUCCCACCGCCCUCCAGAGCAGCAGCAAAGCCGAGGAGUCCUUCUGGUCGGCCGAGUGCGACAUCAGUGCCAGGAGACCCCUGUGCCACCCCUCCCUUAUCGGCAGCCAGGACAGUAGUAAUAACGCAGCCACUCGGGACAAGUGCAAGUCGCAUGCCCCUCCCAGCCAAGUUCCCGACCCGCCAGAGCCAAACGGCGAGGCGGGCCGAGGUGUGAGGGAACGCUGCAGGUCAUCCAAGCCAGCGCACCGGCACCACCACCGCAGGAAGCACAACCGGGAGGACUGUCCACCGGCGGCAGGAGCACCUCAACCUGAGCGCCCCCGUCGCUGUCACACUCACUCCCGCCCGGUGCCCAGGGUGCCCUCGCUGUCGGACAGCAACGACGACAGGGCUCCUCUCUGUGAGCCGAGGGACCAUAAGGGGGGCAGCUCGGCCGAUAGCGGCGGUCAGGUCAGCAGUCUCUCCCCGUCCUCAUGCUCCCUGGCCCCGCUGUCGAGCAGGUCAUCUCGUCGCUCCCGGAGGUCGAGUGCUGCUUCCUCUGCAUCCGAUAUCAAUUUGCGCACCAUCCUCAAUUCACUUUUUGGGCAGAUGUUCCAGGAUGCUGAGAGGAGACUCAGAGGUGUGCUGUCCUCUGAGGAGAUGGGCCAGGCAGGGUAUCUUGGGCCUUAUCAGGAGUCCAUUGUUUCCAUGACACAAAACUGCGUACUCGUGAGCAACAUACUGGGACAAACCUGUGUCUUCCUGAGCAAAGGCAUGGCCAAGUGCAGGCAGGCUGACAGAGAGCUGCGGCCUGAAGAAAUGGAUGAGUUGCGGGAUGCUUUUAAAGAGUUUGACAAGGACAAGGACGGUUUCAUCAGCUGUAAAGAUCUAGGAAACUGUAUGAGAACCAUGGGAUACAUGCCCACUGAAAUGGAGCUGAUUGAACUGAGCCAACAGAUAAACAUGAACUUGGGAGGUCAUGUUGAUUUUGAGGAUUUUGUAGAGUUGAUGGGCCCAAAACUCCUCGCCGAAACUGCAGACAUGAUUGGAAUAAAAGAGUUAAAAGACGCGUUUAGAGAGUUUGACACUAAUGGUGACGGGGCCAUAAGCACAUCGGAGCUCCGAGACGCAAUGAGAAAGCUGUUGGGCCAACAAGUGGGUCUAAAGGAAGUAGAAGAUAUCCUAAGGGAUGUUGACUUGAAUGGUGAUGGGCUUGUUGACUUUGAAGAGUUUGUACGAAUGAUGUCUCGCUAAGAUCAUAAAAUGAUCGGUCCUGAAUGUGAAGCUGUGUUCUUCUCUAUACUUGACCAAGUACAACAGAACACCUGCUAAGAUCUUCUGAGCCAUCCAAAUCUGAAUGACACUGGAAUUAAAACUCCUGAAUGUUAAGGAGCAAGGAGUCACCUCACACUUUCAAUCAAUAAGUGUUCUUCCUGAAAAGUCUCCAGUUCGAGUGAGGCAAAAUUUGCUGUAGCCUAGCUGAUGAUUGUUCAACUUAUGUUUUUGCACUUUAAUUCUCACUAAAUAACUUCCUGUGUGGCUAGAUUGCUGGUGUCUUGUCUCAUCCCCUACAUGGUUCAAAAUAAGUGACUGGCGGAAUGUCGCCUCUGAUGUACAACAAACUGAGGAAGAGAGAGUGAACGCCUGUAGAAAAGAUAUAAAAAGAUCAGUGCACUGUUUCAUUACAUUUUCACACAGUAUGUGUUAUACUAGAAAUUGUAAGUGGAAUGUCCUUUGCGUGACAUUGGUGCUCCACCAAGGAACCCAUGUGGCAAUAUCACACCUGUAUUGUAAAUGUGUGACCAUCUGUGAUUUUUCACUGUGCUAGUCCAGUCUGAUAAAAGCAUCACUGUCUGACAACUACAAACAACAAAGAAGCAGAUGUCUGAUAAUGAGAGACAGAGCUCUGAAAGCAUUUCAUAUACUGUAUGUUUUUCUCCAUGGUCUGAGAUCAAGGGCAGUUGAAACACUAUUUACAAAGAUGCACAGCUCUCUUUCAAAGCUUCAAUCCAGACAACCAAAGUGCCCACUGAAACUAGCCUGCUGUGGUGUGCACACUCUCCAGACUGUCUUUUAAUACUCACAGAUUUGAAUUCCUGGAGUCUUUAACCUAGUCUGUUUUUGAAAAUCCAUAUUGCUUUGUCUGAGAACAUACAGUGGGAACGACAUAUGUGAACAUAAUGUGAUCAUGUUGUACCUGUACUGUCUUUCAGUGUCAAUAUGAUUGUAGUUGUGGUAACGUUCCACACAUCUGUGUUGUCGAAGCAAUUUUUAUGCAUGCCAAAGAGAGAAAUUUAUUAAAUUCAGUUUGCACAUUUGCAUUUUUGUCUAAUAAAGUAAACAAAAUAUUUCGCCAAGUUAAUUGUGGAGAAAUAAAAGGUGUUUACAUUUGAGCCCCUUUACCUGUGGAGAAAUUGUGAAGAAAAUGCAGGACCAAUAUAGUAGAAAAUGGUUUUGAGUCUGUUAUUUAGACAUCAAAUGAAAAUAUACUGUAGCCUACAUACUCAAACGUACUGACAACAGCUUGUUUUGUUAUGGACCUUAAGUUUCAAACUACCUCUUUACCUUUACU